UCACCCGGCGACAGGGCAAGAAAAUAAAAAAAAAUUGCUUGAGCAUAAAUAACUCAUGCGCCGACCUAAUCUAAAAUUAGAAAAAUUAGGGAAGCUCUUGGGCUAUAUUUUUAAUUAUUAUAAUUGUAAUCUAAUUUACUACGUCAAAGGUGGAGUAAAACCAUAUACAAUGAGUAAAGGAAAUCAACUACUAGACAUGUUUUUGGAGUUCGACUGGAAAAAGAUAUUCACUUGGAACUACAUGAAGGGGCUAAUACUAAAUCCGACUCAACUUUGGUUUGUAGCCACACUAAUCAUCGCUGUUGAAUUGGUCGUGAACGUUUUGGUGGUGGAGCGCGUGCCAUACACCGAGAUUGACUGGAAAGCAUACAUGCAAGAAUGUGAGGGCUUCUUGAAUGGAACAUUUGACUACAGCCAACUCCGUGGUGACACCGGCCCCUUGGUUUACCCAGCAGGAUUUGUGUAUAUCUAUUCAAUGCUUUAUUUCCUUACAAGUCAGGGUUCAAACAUUAUUCUGGCCCAGUAUUUGUUCAUAGUUAUAUAUUUGUUGCAACUUAUGCUUGUACUUAGAAUUUAUAUUAAAACUAAGAAAGUACCACCAUAUGUCAUGGCAUUUACAAUUUUAACAUCUUAUAGAAUUCAUUCCAUUUAUGUACUGCGUCUGUUCAAUGACCCAAUUGCUGUAUUAUUCGUUUAUGCAGCACUAAAUUUGUUUUUAGAAGAUGAAUGGUCCUUGGGUAGUGUUUUCUAUAGUUUAGGAGUAUCAGUAAAGAUGAAUAUAUUAUUAUAUGCUCCUGGAUUAUUCUUCUUUUACUUGAUAAAUUUAGGAUGGUUCAAAACUAUGCAACAACUUGCUGUUUGUGGAUUCAUCCAGUUGCUACUUGGUGCACCGUUUUUGUUCAGCAACCCAGGAGCAUAUUUAAAAGGCAGUUUUGAUAUUGGUAGAGUUUUCAACCACACUUGGACAGUCAACUACAGAUUUCUAGAUGUUGAUAUAUUUGAAAGCAAGUGUUUUCAUUUGACUUUAUUGGCUAUACAUGUUGUACUCCUUCUUAUAUUUCUGCCUUUAUGUACAAAAUAUUUUCAAACUUACUGUCGCUUGAAGUAUGUGCAAAAACAAGUGCAACCUCAAAUUGAUUUAGAAAACAAAAUAAACCAGCAAAGAAGUAAAGUGAUAAAAGAACGUAAAGUUAAAUCCAAACCUGAAGCUGAAAAACUAACCAAAGAACAAGAAGAUUUUUUAAAUACAUUUGAGAAUAUGCUUCAAUCUUCUCAAAAAGGUGCAAAAAAGACUCACAGAAAGCCGAUAGAAGUGAAACAGCCAACUAAAUACCACAUUGACUUUGAUAUUCUGUCUCAAAUGUUCAUACUUCCUAUGUUUUUAAUAAACUUCAUUGGCGUUGUGUGUGCACGCAGCCUUCAUUAUCAGUUCUACUCUUGGUACUUCCACAGUUUGCCAUAUUUGUUAUGGUCUACAAAUUUUUCAAUUAUUGUUAAAUUUUUAAUCUUAGCUCUAAUUGAGUUUUCAUGGAAUACUUACCCAAGUACUGAUUUAUCUAGUUUAUUGCUUCAUAUUUGCCACUUGAGUAUAUUAUUUGGGGUAUAUAAAAAAACCUCAGCAGAACUUAAAAUUGCUUCCAAAGUCCAAUAAAAAGUGGGAUUUUAAUAAGUUACUGUGUAAAAAUAAAAUACUGUGAAAGUAUGGCCAACCAAUUUGAAUCUUAGGCCACUCUAGAACCCUGUCUAAUUGUCUCUGUGCUGUAUUUGUCAUUAGAAGUCACUUCAAAGUUCACUGAAAAGGUUCUACAGCCGCCUAGAAUACAAAUUGGUUGAUUGAUAUUUCCAUAUUGGCAAAACCUUAAAUAACCAACUACAAUUUAGGAUUAAAGUAUGUAUAGGAAAAAAUAAAACUCUAGCUAGAAGAAGCUAAAUUAAUUACUAAGCACAUAUUUUUUUUACACUUAUUAUGUUAAUGAAGCAUGUCAUGUUUUAUAGUUCUAUUUCAGUUAUAGAAGGGUCUUCAUCCACUCUGAAAAUGUCAAAGUUGUAUGAAUAUCAAAAUAAUGAAGCGGUUAUUAUUUCUUUUGUGUAAGAUAAGACUGUCCUAUCAUAUUUAUUUAAUUAUUUCAAUUUUUACUUAACUCUGUAGUUUUCUUUACGCUACAUAUUAGAAAAAGUUAUUUAUCUUUGAGUACCCCUUUGUAGUAGAGAUAAAGUGACAUAACUGUCCAUUAUCAGGUCCAUUAUCACAUCAGAAUAAAUAAGUGUUAAAAAAAUUAAAUACUUGAAUUUUUUGAACCAUCCUACUAAGGAUGAUAUUUUUGUACGAUAAUAUUCAUUAAUCCUUUAGAAAUAUUGGAAUAGUAUUAAGAUUACCAUUGUCGCUCAUAAAUUGUGUCGCUUAUUCCAUCGCGUAAUCCAUUCUGCUAUAACGUUGAUUAUCUUUCAGAUCAUAUUAUAUUUUUUAUAUGUUCAACCUUAGAGCAGAAUGGAUUUACCCAGGUUUGAUGUUAAGCGACACAAAUGAUAAUUAAGUUGGGACUGACUAUCACAUACAAAAAAUGAGGCAUUAUUUAUCUUUAUGUGCAAUAGGUAGAGAAAAGCAUUGUCUACCAGUCAACCAAUAUGAUCAAACAUGAUCAAAGACGACAUAGACUGUUGUGUUGCAACAGUGUUGACGAAUGUGACGAUUGAUGAAAAUGAUGAAUGCGUGUAAAACCAGAAAAGAACGAAAUAAAGAACUUAACAAAACACCUACACUAGCUGAGCGUUUUCAUAACAGUACCCUGAAACAGGAUACAUUUUAUGUAACUAAUGACCCUUACACCGUUGUAAUCUUAAUUUUUUCAGUACGUUGUUUUUUACCGGCCCUAGUUCGCAAAGUAUGCCAUUUCUUGUGAAGUCGGAACUUCAAAGGGCCAUACAUACAAAAAACGUCGUACGAUACACGUGCGAAGAGGAACUUCGGUCCUUUCUGUCGUGUUUUAAUUUAUCGCCGUUCGUUUCGAAUUUCCUCUUUUCCGCACUUGUAUCGUAAAUAUCGUAAUGGCAUACUUUAAGUUUUUGUAUGUUUUACUUUAUAUUACCGUAAGCAAUACCGAAGUUUGUAUGUUUUACUUUAUUUUACUAUAAUAAGCAUUACCGAAGAGUGAUUGGUUGUCGGUACAUUAUUGUGGGAAUGAGUACCUAUCAAGUGCGCAAGCCGCAGUAGAUGGCGCUGUAAUACUUCAUGUUUUGUACUGUUGUAAUAGUAGAUUUGCGGUAAGAUAAAAUAUCGUCUAAAGCA